UGGCAAGUUAAGCCUAUAUCAAUCAAUGCAUGGUGUGUCUGUACUUCAUUAUCAAUAGCGAAUAACAGCAUACACGGUUUUCUUGCUUGCUGCACAAAUCGUGACAAUGAUCGAGGAUAGACAAAUACUAAGAGAUAUCUGGGAUGGCCGGAUUCCCGUUUGCUUCACACUCUCCCAGGAUGAAUAUACCAGUCCAGAUCAGCCUGACGUCUACUAUCUGCUGGUGCCGAGACUCAGCUAUUUCCCUAUCGUCUCCGACAAGGUGGUACGAUUCUUCUCUCAGUAUGUCCAGCCCGACACGCAGGGAGAGAUGUGGCUCGAGUUUCAAGGGCAGCCGCUGAAGUGGCACUACCCGAUAGGAGUUUUAUAUGACUUGUAUGCAGCCGACCAGGAUCAGCUUCCAUGGAACGUCAUCGUUCAUUUUCAAAAGUUUCCGGAGAGCGAGCUGCUGCGGUGCGGCAGCCGCGACGCCGUCGAGUCGCACUUCAUCGCGACGGUGAAGGAGGCGGACGCGCUGAAGCACCGCGGCGUCGUCAUGAGCGGCAUGCAGAAGCGAGACCACAAGCAGCUGUGGAGCGGACUGCGCGACGAUAAGUUUGAGGAGUUCUGGACAAUCAAUCGACGACUAAUGGAACAGACGGUUGAGAACCAGUUCCGAUCUAUUCCUUUCCGCAUCUAUCAGAUUGAGCAGCCCCUCAUCCAAAAGUUGUUCCAACCGUUGCAUGAGGAUGGUAAGCCUGCGACUUUGAAGGAGCUGCUAGAACAGAUGCUUCCCAGUGUGCUCACCCCACAGCCAAACAACGGUGGCAGCAGGGUGUUGAUACAGGGGAUUGAGCCACCAUUGGAGACGCCGCUCGUUUGGCUGAGCGAAUACAUGUCGCAUCCCGACAACUUUCUCCACAUCUGCAUCACGUCGCGGUCGUUACCGUAGUCUCCCGUCGUCUGCCAUGCUGUAACGGGGUUCACACAGAGGUCAUUCAGGUCACACAUUGGUCCUGGAAAACCUGCGCAUUCAUGGAAUUUGAAAAUGACGUUUCGUAUGCCUAGAAGAUUCUGGAAAAUAGGCCAUUGUUAUGUUUGGUCAUGGAGAGAGAGCACAUGUCUAUUGUCUCCACAUUUUAUGAAUAAAUGGUGAUGAGAAGUGUAAUGUACUGAAGACAAAGAUCUGCUUACUAUCUGAGAGGCAUAAAUAUUGCUUAAAGUCGGGUUUUUUUUUCCAAAGUUGUUGAUUGGAAGACACACGAUGUACAAAGAUUAUAUUAGGUGAUAAAAAAAAUUUGGGUUUUAGUAAAUGGACCUUCCACAUCUUGGAAAAGUCCUGAAAAUAUAUUUUCCUUUAGGUUAACGAACCCUGCAUCACGCACGAUUGUGCCGUGUGACCUGUUGUCAUAGUAACGGCAGUCUCACCUGUCAGGGAUUGUGACAGUGGUGUCCUGUCAUCUGUCAGCAAUUGUGACAGUUGUGUCCUGUCAUCUGUCAGGGAUUGUGACAGUGGUGUCCUGUCGUAUGAACGGGGGUCAACGUUUGGGCAGGUUGACCUUUCACCUGUAAUAGAGGGGUUGCCUCAUCAACUGUAAGGAAUUGGGGCAGUGGUAUCCUGUUAUCUGUGAGACAUUGUGACAACAUGCUAUUGCGUGUCGUGUGUCAGUUGUCCUGUUCCGAAUUUGUAAUUAUGCAUUAAAAGAUGUAAAAAUAAUCAUUUGUGUAAUAUCAA